AUGUCGCCAUUUACCAGAGAAGAUAAAUUUUCCCUUUUUAGAUACAGCAGAACCAUGCACCAAGGAAACCGAACUACUAUCUCUGGAUUCUUUCUCCUGGGACUCGCAGUGGGGUCUGAGCAGCAGCUGCUCACCUUCACAGUGUUUGUAUGCAUGUAUCUGGUCACUAUGGUGGGAAACACACUUAUCAUUCUGGCUAUUAUCAGUGAUACUCACCUCCACAGCCCCAUGUACUUCUUCCUUGCCAAUCUAUCCUUCACUGACAUCUGCUUCACGACCACUACAGUCCCUAAAUUGCUGGCAGACAUUCAAACCCGGAAUCCAUACAUCUCUUUUGAAGGAUGCCUUACACAAAUGUAUUUUUUUAUGCUCCUGGUGGACCUGGACAAUUUCCUUUUGGCGGCCAUGGCAUACGACCGCUACAUUGCCAUCUGUCACCCAUUACACUAUGUUGCACUGCUAAGUCCCAAGCGCUGUGCCCUGUUGGUUGUGAUUCCAUGGGUUAUCUCUAAUCUCAUCUCAGUACUGCAUCUCAGUCUACUAAGCCGCUUGCCUUUCUGUGAACGGAGAGUUGUCCCACACUUCUUCUGUGAUCUGGAACCCAUUUUGAGGCUUGCUUGUUCAGACACUAAAAUCAACAACUUGCUCAUCAUCGUUGUUGGGGGAGCAGUUAUCUUCAUCCCUUUCAGUUUCAUUCUCCUCUCCUAUGCACUUAUUGGCGCUGCUGUGCUUGCUGUCCCCUCCGUGAAAGGGAAGUGGAAGACAUUUUCUACCUGUGGCUCCCACCUCUCAGCAGUGUCCCUCUUCUAUGGGUCUAUUGUUGGCGUCUACUUUCUUCCUGCUUCUAGCUACUCGGCAGAAAGGGAUAAGGUGGCUGCCAUCAUGUAUACAGUUGUAACACCCAUGAUGAACCCUUUCAUCUACAGUCUAAGGAACACAGACAUAAAAAGGGCACUGAGGAGGCUACUCAGCAAAAGAAUUUUUUUUUGA